UUCCUUUUGAGUUUCAAAAUAUAUGGUCUAAUCAGAAUCAGACGUAACGGAUUAGAUUGGCUAUCGGUGUAUAUAUGUAAUAAAUAAAAUCAGAGAAAAAUAAUUCAAGUUAUAUCGUUCUCACUCCUAUUCAGAAUGUCAGAGUUAUUCGAGUAAAUCAAAAAGCUUCAAUUUUUUGUUGGCUUAUUAGUGUUCAGAUGCACUCGAAUAAAUUUAAAAAAAAAACACGCAUUGAUAGAAAUUUCAAUGAAACGGCGGUGCAGUGAAUUUGAAUUUCUAUAAAAUUUAAAAUUAUCAAAAGAUAAUUACACUUUUUUUUUCUCGUGGUUUCUUGGACGACAUACGCGUGUGCGAUCGCCCCCUCGCAAAUUAUUAAGUGAAUUGCGUUCGUUUACUUAGACUGGGAGGGAGCACGUGUGUGGCGUCCGGGAGGCACGGUGCUAGUGCUUGAUUUUCAAGCUUGGUUUGACUUGCAGUGCGGUCUAACUUGGCAGAAAUCAAAGAAAACUGUCAGAGUAAGCAUUCUACCUUUAUUUCAGAGGAAAAGAACAUCAGAGGCGUUAUGUCUGAGUGGAGUCUUUCAGACCCAUUACCAUCAAAUGAGAAAGAGGUGGCCAACGAAGGCAACGAAAAUCAAGUGGACGAUCAUUUGAAUAUCCACCAAGAUUCAGAUAUAGAAGGGUAUACACCCCCGGGUACACCCCCAAAAAGAGAUAUGGAGGGAAAGUCUCAACCUACUGACUCACAAAUGGAGUGGAGAAUGGAUAAUCUGGAGAAUGCUCUCGAGAGACACUCCGAUAUACUCGACAAUCAUGCUGAAAUAAUCAGAGAUCAAACAGUAGCCAUACUUGAUAUGAAGCAAAAUAUCGACAACCUAAACACCGUCAUACAAAAACUCACAGAACAAAUAAGAAAAUUAACUUCAGAGGUAAUUAUCCACCCUGCCAGUUCCACACUCAGAGACAUAAACACACUUGACGAUUCUCAACAAUCAGACGUUUCAGAGACAGUAAUAGAAAGACAAAACAGAAAAGACCAAGUCAGAGACAUUCUAAUAAGUCGCGUAGAUGAUUAUCACCAUAAUAAGAUUUUACAAAUAAAAGAUCCAUUAGAAAUAGUCAAUAAAAUCAAAGAGUUCAGACGAGCAGAGGCCAAUGUUACCGAUUCUUCAGUCAGAGAAAAAUUACAUAGUCUCAAAAUGAACAAUAGAGAAUCAGUAAACGAAUUUUGCGAUCGUUUUGACUCUAUUAUCAGAGAUUUUGAAAAUUGUAUUACCAAAACACCUCUGACGGAGGAAGAGAUAAGAUCGGCCUUCUUUCAAGCUGUUAGUAUAAAAUUUAAAGAAAUCAGAUCGGCCAAUAUUAUCAGACUUCAAGCAACCAAAUCAGAGAUGAGCCUUGAUGACAUAAAAACUUUGAUACUACAGCUGGAAUCAGACAGACGCAAAUCAGACGGUCAGCCUUCAGACGACAGGCAAAAAAUUGCAGCUAAACAGGCGAUAAUCACAGACAAGUGUUAUCGCUGCAAUAAGGUGGGACACAGAGCAGCCUUUUGUCCUCUUAAAGAGUACAAUCUAUGGUACUGCUUUUAUUGCCAGGCUGUAGCUCCACACAAACGGGAUGAUUGUCCAAAUAAGGAUAAUCCCAAAGAUGGAGGUAGAGGUAACAGAGGAAGGGGUGGUUAUAAUAAUGUCAGAGGUGGAGGAAAUAAUGUAAGAAGGGGAUCUUUCAAACGCAAGGUCGAUAUACAAACACCAGGCCGAAAUCAAAAGAAGGGAUACAAGGUCAAAGCGAUGCUAACAGACGAAGAGUAUUUAGCUGGGACGUAUGAAAAGCCAAACUGGAUAAUUUCUUUAAACGUAGCAAAACAUGAACAAUCAGUCGAGCAACAAGUAGUCUACGAUAAGUAUUCAUGCACGGCUAACAUAGUCUCGGUAGACGAGUUCUUGCAGCAAUCUCAGUCAGAUAUCAAGGAUCUUGAGGAUCAAAACGAAUCAGAUGAAACUAACGCAUCAGAGGGAACUCAGAUGAAUCUGACUGAGAUUGGGAGGGAGAAGCAGCAAGAACGACCUGUACAAGAAUCAAAUUCAUCUAGUCAGAGAGAAGUUUGUGAUACAAACUUAGAUGAACAAAUUCUGAACAGGAAAAUCCUAAAUAUAGACGACUCGUCAGAAGAAAUGCUGAAAUAUCUACAAAACAAUGUGGACAACAAAUCAGCUAGACAAGAAAAGAAGCUGAACGAAGGAAUGCUCUGGCAUAUCAAAUUAGGUCACGCUUCUCUGCAAUAUUUACUAUUGCUACAAAAGUCAGAAGAUAAACUCAGAAAGGUAAAAUUCGACAAGUCCAUUACAGACUGCGAUGUUUGCGUCCUAGCAAAAAUGGAAAACCUGCCGUUCUCAGAAGUCAGAGUCAGAGCAACAAGGCCAUUAGAAAGGGUACACACAGACACAAUGGGACCAAUUAAACCAGUCUCGUAUCCUGGGGAAAAUAAAUUCAUAAUAGGAUUUAUUGAUGAUCACACCAGAUUUGCCAAAGCAUACUCUACUAAACACAAAAGUGAAGCUGGAGAUUACUUAGAAAAAUUCUUGGUAACUACAAGAAAUUUACUGGGCAAAGAGGAAAAAGUGUGUUUCAUCCGAACGGAUAAUGGCACUGAAUUUACUGAAGGUAAAUUUUCAGAAGUUAUGGAAAAGGAGAAAAUUGAAGGAGAGUUCGCACCUCCUUACACUCCACAACAUAAUGGAACCGCUGAAAGGUUUAACAAAACCAUACAGUGGAAAAUCAGAGCGCUCAUGAUAGACUCUGGUCUACCCAAGAGCAUGUGGAUACUCGCUUUGGAAGUGGCGGUCCAUAUCUAUAAUAGAACUCCACACAAAGGAAUCGAUUCAGAGAUACCAAUCAAGAAAAUGGUUCCAAAUGGAAACAUGCAUCUAGACAAAAUCAGGCGUUUCGGAUGUUUGGCCUAUGCCAAAAUACCGAAUGCGACGAACAAGUUUUCAGACAGAGCAAUCCGUACAAUCAUGGUUGGAUAUUCUCAAACUGGUUAUGUUUUGUGGCACUCAGAAUCUCAGAGAUUCAUUACAUCCAGACACGUGAGAUUUAAUGAAAAACUGGUGUAUAGGGAUGUGUAUAAAACUGACCUAAGAGAAAAAUCAGAGACACUAGAAAUAUCAACAGAUGUUGUCAAAACACAACCAGAUAUACCAAAAGAUUCAAAAUCAGAGAAAGAGAAAAAUCAGAAGAGAAAAGCAGAUGACAAAAAUUCAGAAGAUUCAAAGGCUAAGAAACCUGAACCAGAAAAACGACCUUGUCUAGAAAGAAAAGCCAAGACAAACAGACGAACUUGGACACAUCUCAGAGAAGCAGUAGUCGAAGUAGAAAAUACCAAGUAUCUACUCCAAUUGGAGAAACCAGAGAUACACACUCAGAAGAAGAUGAACUUGGACAUAUUUUUAUAG